GGACGAUGGCCACGACGCGAGGUCUCAGACAAUAAAACAACAUUCUCCAACUUCACCAAGUUGUGCUUGUACACCCACACAGCGAAUACGCAAGAUUUAACACAGUUGAGCUAUCAAAGCAAACGAAAUAGGCGAUGAUGAUCAUGAGAAAGUCCACUCUUCUCCGCCUAGCCCUUCCUCGAAUCCUUCAAUCUCCCAGAAACCAUUCAUCUCUUCCGACUAGUUCUCCGAUCUCCCACAGCCCGUUUUUGGGAUCGUUCUCGCGCCUAUACUCUUCGAACGUUGAUUUCAACCACUCCGACGAAAAAAGCAAGAGGCGCUUGUUCAACAGGCUUCUAUACAGGAGCAAACAGCGAGGGUACCUAGAGUUGGACCUCAUUCUGGGAGAUUGGGUGGAGGAGAAUAUCAAUUCUAUGGAUGUAAAUGGAAUAAAGGCUCUUGUUCAUGUUCUUGAUCUGGAGAAUCCCGAUUUGUGGAAGUGGUUGACCGGUCAGGAGCAAGCCCCGGACGCAAUCAGAACCAAUCCUGUGUUCAGCGCUGUACAUGAAAAGGUCAUGAACAACCUUGACAAACACACAGCUCCCGAGACGCGAAGUACCCCAGGACAGGCAUGGGUGAGGGGGUGGGAUGAUUACAAAAGAGGCCGAGAUGGCCCUAUCGCCGGGAAUCAGUAGAGCUUUAUCUUGGGGCACAACUACAAGUUUUAUAACGUACUCGUAUAUAGAAAAAUGGCACAAAGUAUGAUAUGAUUAAAUUUUCUGUAUAUUUUGAACACUUCCAAUCACACAAAUAAGACCAUUGUGGGAGAACCUUUUAGCUCUGAGUGUUAUGACUCAGGUUGAGAUUUGAUGUUAUUACUGUUAUGGAUAAACCCAAAAAAAUGAUGAGCUCAGGCUCUCGUCUCUUGAAUCUGCCUAGUUGAAUUUCUGAGUUCAAGUUACUUUUUUU